AUGGCUCGUCAAGGGCGUUCACCCCUUUCUCGUGUCGUUGCUUUCCGCAGGAAUAUCUCUACUACGCCCCUUACCAUUGGUAUACGACGUGAAGAUCCAUCAAGAAUAUGGGAGCGUCGUUGUCCGAUCACACCACAGGGUGUCGAGCAGCUCGUCCGUUCGGACAGAGUCAAAGUUCUUAUCCAAGAUUGUGACAGAAGGAUAUUUCCUAUCGACGACUUCCUCAAGGCUGGCGCUUGCAUUCAUCCUACACUUACUCCAGCACAUAUAGUGUUGGGGAUCAAGGAAACACCAUUGAGCGAACUAGUAAUAUCACCAUUAAUUGCCCCUGACACAAAUUCCGAGCACUCUGUUCCGCGGACUCACCUCAUGUUCUCUCAUACAAUUAAAGGUCAGGAAUAUAACAUGAAUCUCUUGUCUCGCUUUCUUGGAAAUAGCGAGGAAGGAAAGCUACUCCCAAGGCUCAUCGACUAUGAAUUGCUGACGGGUGAUGACGGCAAGCGUACAGUAGGGUUCGGAUGGUUUGCCGGAGUCGCUGGCGCUCUUGAAUCUCUAUCUGCAAUGGCCCACUCGCACCUUGAGCUGGGUAUAGCCAGCCCUUUCUUAUACACACCGCGGCCGCAUACACACCCCUCUGUGCCGUCUCUGCGUGCGUCUCUUAGGGCUAUAGGUGAAGCUAUAAAUCAAAAUGGCACUCCUAAGUCAUUAGGUCCUUUUGUGGUUUGUGUAACUGGGACUGGUCAGGUAUCUCAAGGCGCGCUUUCCAUUCUCUCGGAACUUCCAGUGAUAAAUAUUCGAGUCGAGGAUUUACCUUCUGUAGUCAAUAAUCCUGGUAUGUCUAAUUGCCCACAGAUAUAUAUUGUACAUGUCCUCCCUCAAGAUUAUUUGUCACGCGUAGACAGAAAUGGAUAUGAUAGGGAUGAUUAUUAUCAACAUCCCGAACAAUAUAUAUCAAACUUCCAUACCAGGGUUGCCCCAUAUCUCACUCUCUUUCUAAACGGAAUAGGAUGGACACCUGCUCACCCACGCCUUAUGACAAAUGAACAACUUGUGGUAGCGCUGACCAAAGCAAAGGAAAUUGGCAAGGCUCGAUUCAGUUGUAUUGGAGACAUAAGUUGUGACGUAGAAGGAGGACUUGAAUUUAUGCCUCGAGCUUCUACCCUUUCUGACCCCUUCUUCAGUACGAGGCCAGACAUGCUCCCAGCUCACCUUCCAAGCGUACAGAUCAUGUCUGUAGACAUCUUGCCUGCCAGCCUUCCUUUAGACGCGUCGGAGCACUUCUCGAGUGUAUUGAUGCCUUAUUUGAAGACACUGAUCGGAUGGUAUCGCCGCGAGAACUUAGAGGGGGAGCAGUAUUCAGAAGCUGUCAAUAGAGCAACUGUCACACAAGGAGGCAAGCUUAAAGGGAAACAUGCGUGGUUGCACGAUCCUUUGCAGAAGUGGGCCUCAACCGUUGCUUUAAAUGGUUCUCCUUCUACACCAACUAGACGAUCCGCAGUAUCCGAGCAGCAGCCUCAGUUGAGAAAGAAGAAUGUCUUAAUGCUGGGAAGCGGAAUGGUUGCAGGACCAGCUGUGGACCAAAUUUGCAAGCGCUCGGAUAUCGAGCUGAUCGUUGCAAGCAAUUGUGCGGAUGAGGCUAAUCGGGUUACACGCCAGCACUCAAAUUCCAAUUCCAUCAUCGUUGACAUGAAUGACGCAUGCAAGAUAUCAAGUCUGAUCAGUAAUGCUGACCUGGUUAUCAGUCUUCUUCCUGUUUCGUUCCAUCCUUCUGUUGCUGAAUUAUGUAUUAAGCACCGCAAGCACCUCGUUACUGCAUCUUAUAUAUCUCCAGCAAUGCAGGCUUUGCACGAGCGAGCCCAAGCUGCGGAUGUCCUUCUACUUAAUGAAAUCGGCUUGGAUCCCGGGAUCGAUCAUUGCUCAGCUAUAUCUCUACUUACCAAACUCAAAGCGCAAAACAAGCGCAUCGUUUCGUUUACGUCAUUUUGUGGAGGCCUCCCUGCUCCUGAAAGUGCAGAUGUUCCUCUUGGUUACAAGUUUAGCUGGAGUCCUAGAGGUGUAUUAAGCGCAGCGCUGAACAGUGCUAGAUUCAAGCUUAACGGCAAGGUCUGGGAAAUCCCAGGCGAGGACGUCUUGAAAAUUCAUUUCCCGAACGUCCCGGUUUCGAAUGUAUUAAAAUUAGAAGGUAUAGCCAACAGGGAUAGCUUAGCGUAUGCUUCAGCGUAUCGACUAGGGCGUAUGGAUGAUCUGCGAACUGUGCUGCGUGGGACACUUCGGUACCCUGGGUUUUCUGACCUCAUGCAUUCAUUCAAAUCACUGGGACUGCUAGAUACCAUAUCUUCGAUUAACCUAGAAUCUUGGAAUUCUCUGGCCUGCGCCUCACUGGAAAAACGCCUAGGUUUGCCCGUAAAAAAUAACCUUCCUUCUAUCAUAUCAGCAGCAUCGGAAGUCAUACCCUCAUCACGCAUUGAUCCGCUUCUGGAAGCUCUUGAUUGGCUGUCUUUGACUCCGCAUUCUUCCUCAGCCUCUCCUUUACCGCCUCUGCCAAAUAAGCCUACAGCACCUAUCGAUCUAUUUACAACUAUUCUCGCCCAUAAACUCAAGUAUGGACCCAAAGAACGUGAUAUGGUCGUUCUCUCCCACGAAAUCGUUGCACAGACUCUUUCCGCAUCUUCAGCUACUCUACACGGAAAUGAGGAAAUACAUACUUCGUCGUUGAUUGUAUAUGGUAAUGAUUCUGCAUCUGCUAUGGCUCGCUGUGUUGGACUGCCUGUGGCGUUUGCUGCUUUGGGAGUGCUCGACGGCAAUGUCUCAGUACGAGGCGUUCACGGUCCCGAUAAUGAAAUCCUUUACACCAGCGUAUUGAAGGGUCUUGAGAGCGUGGGUUUAGAUAUGAAGGAGAGCUUCAAGGCGGGAUUGGGCAUCGAGGAGCCUCUGAUGGCUGGACUGAGUAACCACAAUGAAACAAUGUACGAAAUGUAA